ACAGAAUACUUCUCGGCUGAGCGUUAACUUAAAAUUAAAAUAUAAUAACACAGAUUAUCCAUAUAUCACAAUGGCUAAUAUAGACUAUUCGAUAAAAGAUAUCGACAAGAUAGUCCAUCUUGAUGGAGAUAUUAAGAAGGUCGAAGUGACUCGUCUAACUGCCCCUGGUGAGAACUACUUGAGCUUGGUGCUACGAGUGGACAUCGAAGUGGAGAAAAAUGGCCAAAGACACAUAGUCAAUGCUGUAGCCAAGCGCCUACCAUUAGGAAAGAGUUCGAUGGGGCCCGAAUUGCAUAAAUUCUCGAUGAAAAAUGAAAUUAAAUUUUACGUUGAAAUUCUGCCUAUAUUAACUAAAUUCUCAAGCGAAUACGGAGUCGAUUGUAGACAAUUAUAUCCGAAAUACUACGGAUCCAGAUUGAGUUUGGACCCAACACAAACAGAAGCCGAUGAGGAAUCGGUCUUGUUACUUGAAAACUUAAUUCCAGAAGGAUAUGAGAACGAAGAUCGUUUCAUUGGCUUCGAUUACCCCGCAUCUAAAGCGAUUCUUAAGGAGCUAGCCUUAUUCCACGCCAUCCCCAUAGCCCUUCGAAUCAAACACCCGGAACAAUUCAAAGUAGUUAAGGAAUACCUCAAUACACCGCAUCCUCAUCCUUUCGGAAAGGGUCCGCCAGGGGGAGAAAACAAAAAUGGCCCACCAGAAGGUCAGAAAGGACCCGGCCAUGCGUUGCUUAACGCUCUUCAAAAAAUACCAGAAUGCUCGCCGUUUAUUCCAAGGUUAGAGCCACACAUGACCAAACAUAUGGGCCCGCCAGCUUUUCGACCAGGUGUUGAACCAUGGGCUACCAUGUCCCACAAUGAUUUCUGGGUAAAUAAUAUAAUGAUUAAGCCGCAACCAGACAAGGAACCGCUGGUUAAACUGGUCGACUUUCAAGGCUGUAAGUACCAGUCGUUCGCCAAUGAUGUAGUGUUCUUUUUAUUAACCAGCAUAAGAAACGAUGUUCACAAGGCGCACUUUGAUGAUCUACUGAGAUAUUAUUACGAUGAAUUCACGAAAUUGUUAAAACAGUUGGAGUCGAACUUAGAGCUUACCUAUGACCAGUACUUAAAAGAAUUAGAAACAGCUGCAAAGGAGUCCGAGACCAAACAUGCGAUAGGCUUUAGUACUAUCGUAUUCGGUGAGAAGAAUAGUUCAGUGGAUGUGGCCGUCGAAGAUGUAGACUUUUUCGCUAUGAUAUCGAAAAAGACAGAAAAUAUGAACGAAUUUCGAAAGGCUAAAUUAAUUCAUAUAGUACCAGAGGUGUGCAAAAGAAACUGGAUUUAAAUUAAGAGAAUAUAACAAUAUUGUGAUAUAAUAAUUCUGUAAAAUGUUUCCAAAUUAUUUUUAUUUUAUAAUCGAAUUAAAUGCGUAUAUAAAACUUAAUUAUAGAUAA